CGAACUUGGAAAUCGUCUAUACAUUUCAAGGACAGGAGGAAACGCGAUGAAGAAAAGAGUGUCUCGAUUGAGCGAAAUGGCCCAAGGCCAGUGAUUCACUGAAGUCACCGCAAGGCUAUCUAUUUUUGGCGCUUUUGAUCCUCCAUUCAUGAGAGACUCUCAGCCGCGUUUUGGCGUCUCCUAAAACACAAAAGCCACCCACCGCCAUUCCUUAUCUGCUGUUCAGCCCGCGUUUCUCCUCCUUGUUCUUCACAGUAAUUGUUCCACGCGUGAUGAGAACUUCCUGACCCUCACGAUGCCUUUCGACUAUAAAGAGUACCAAAAGAAAUGCGAUAGCUUGACAAGUGAGCAACUUCAGGCCGAGUACGAGAAUUACACUCGGCAAUUGGCUGGAGGAGCGACCUCAACCGCUACAUCUGUUCUUUUCUCGCCCUUCACGGCAGGAAUAUCUCUUGUCGGGCUCGGGCUCUCAGCUCCUCGUGUCCACAAUGCCCGAAAGAAGAGAGAAAUCAUCGAGGCUGGAUUGCAAGCACGUGGGGAGACGCACCACACGAGGAAGCGUGAUGUGAUUGCUCCUAUGACGGUUGCCGGAACUCUGGGUGGCCUGACCCUGGGCCUCGCUGGUCCAGGAGCUGAUAUGAUAGCUGGGCAAGUUGUUGGCCAUGGCAUGGAGUAUGCAGCCGCUCAUGUCGCGCUGGAUGCCACAGGUGCUGUCGCUGAGCACAAACAUGACAAGCAUGCACACAAAAAGGCCCACCAGAAAAUACAAACACAAACUCAGAUUUUCCAGCAGCCAGGAGCCUCACAAUUACACCCCAGCCUUUAUCAACCGGGACUGCAAACGCCGCUCCCUGCGUCUCAGAUGCCCCCAGCUUCAAUAGUAUCUCAGUCAGACGCACCCCCUGUCUAUCAAUAUCCAUUCCCUCACCAGAAGUACGAUUUUGUUCCUCUCUCAACUCCGCAAAAUGCACCAGUCUCCUAUCAGCCAGCAUCACAUCAACAGAACUUUGCUCAGGUAGCAGGAGAGCCUCAGAUUCCAAUGUACCAGCCGGCCACCUACAUUCCGGCACAGCGUUCAGAUAGCGGCUUCUCUUCUGUGUCUAUGCUGAGCGAAUCGGAGUCCCCUUCCGUAGGAAUCAGUGUGCCCAAUAUACAAAAUACCCCUAUUUUACCCAGCAGAGAUACACAAUAUUCUUCGGGUCAAGCUCAGUACGCACCUGUUGAGGUACAAUUGCAACCAACCUCAGAUAAGCUUGGUCCAAAAUCUGAUGGGCCCCUCCAUACAACUGUGUACGAAUUAGAUUCACAGCCUGUUGUUGCUGCUGUUGACGGGGAUACCUCCCCCCCUCAGCUGACCAUGGAACAAGAGAUAGCAUUCUUGAAGGCGAGAAUCUUGGAAAUGGAAAUUGAGAGACGAGAAGGAGCGAACAAAGCCCCGCCUAGCACUGACCAACCACCGAUUCAAUCCUCGCUUGGAGAGAACGAUGUUUCUCAAGUCCAGCUGGGACCCUUCGAGCCCGAGCUUCGUAUAACUCCUGCUUUAGCAAGUUUGGUUGAGCACCAGAAUUUCCCUCAACCUCUAUCAUCACCGGCUCCCGGCGUCGCUUCCACUCUUACCCUGUCAAUUCAACAUCCUACAGAGAAUUCAACUCCAACGACUUCGUACAAUCCAGCCCCUCGGCCCUCUGCAUCUCCCGCUCCAGCUGUCGCUUCGGAGGUUACUCCGUCACUGCAAUAUUCUUCAGAGAACCAAACCCCAACGACUUCCUUAUGUCCAUCCCCAUUGCGGAUUCGACGUCACUCAGCUCACAUUCCUGGGUACCAAUAUGUACCUCCUUCAUCUCCAGCGCCAGAUAUUACCUCUCCCUCAACCCCGUCACUGCAAAUCCCUUCAGACAAUCAACCUCCAACGAUAUCCCCUUCUCCAUUCCCACAACUUCCUCGAUCUCACUUGGCCCACAUCACUGGGUACCAAUUCCCGCCGCCACCUCUAUCUCCAGCUCCAAGUGUUGUUUCUCCCAUUACCCCCGCCCUGCAAUAUCCUCCAGGGAAUUCUGACUCAACGACCUCGUACUUUCCACCCCCACCACCUCCUCGGCCUCACUCAGCUCACAUUCCUGAGUACCAACCUCCGCCUCCUCACUCCAUUACUUCUCCCGGCAGUGCCCAGCAGCAACAAAUCUACGCAUCUCCUCCACUACCACCUCGGCCUCAACAGCAACCACAAAUCCAGAGACAAGAUAGCGGAUACUAUUCAAAUCCUCCUAGUCGGCACUCUUCAGCUUUCUCUACAGCAACUAUAUCGACAUGCUCAAGCCCUCAGUCAAUGUUAUCGCCUCAAUCAACUGGGCCUUCUUUGCUCUCUCCGCAAACAACGGGACAUAGUCUCAGACAUAGCGUCUCGUAUAGCUCGAUUUCCCCUAUGUCUUCUCCUCAACCGGCACCGUACUUUGCGCCACCACCACCACCUGAUGCAGUGGCGAGGCCACUGUCACAAGUAAAAGACUAUUUUAGUCGUCCUUUUGCACGGGCUUCUGCACAAAUUUCUGCUUAUCAACCAGGCAUAAGUCAACCUACCCAAGCUCCUCUGCAGCAAUUCCAAGGUACUCAAGGCUGGCAAUGGGGUACAGCUCCUAUGCAUCCUAGCGGCCAACCACAGUAUGGUGCUCCACCUUGGGUUCCCAAUGCAUGGAAAGGUUCUUAAAGCGCUCUCGGAAUUGACCUUGAUGCUGGGGUAUUUUGUUUAGGAUAGAAGCGGCAACCAUCUUCAGAAAUCUUACGAGCAUGCAAUAAUUAAUAAUUCAAUCUUGC